UGCCCGGCGGCUAGGGUUUCCCGGGGGAGGAAAGAGUUCAUUAUGCGACAUUACACUUAUAUGUUCACAUAACACAUAUACACAUCUAAUACAUUUGUUGCACCUACACUUCGAUGUCCACAUAACACAUCCACAUCUCAUGCAUCAAAGUCUAAACAUGUCCUCUUGCCAUAUCGUUGUCCUCAGCAAUAUAUAUUACAACAUUAACCGUUCGGCACAUAGUCUUCCCUUCAGAGCCAAGUUAUCAACACACCUCCUCGUUGCUCUUCAUCUCAGCGUAACAUGAUCUAUUCGGCUUGGUCAUCAAACCUGAAACACAACGUUCUACCUCGCGCCCCCUCCUUUGGAUCAACCGUGCGCAUGACAGGAGCGAAGGCACGGUGGCGGCAAGUGGUCGCGAGGGUGUUUGGGAUGACGCUUGCGUUUUCAGGGGGGAGGGGGCGGCUACAUCCAGAUAACGCGGUGGCCCGGGUAGCAGCACGGGCGUCGGUGAGGCUAGCCUCACCUUAGCGACGAAUCGACGAAGGGAGGGAGAAUAGGGAGAUGGGACGAGAGGGAGAGGAGUGUCGGUGGGCAGCCGAAGACGAUGGAGACUACUAGACGAGGGGGUCGGCGGCGACAGGUUAGGGGAGCACAAGGCGGUGUAAUUGGAAUUUAAAUGGCUGCAUAAAUAACAUCACUGACCAGUCAAUAAGGGCUAAACUUAGCGACGGUCAGUGAUGACAUCAAUGUAUUUUGGUAAUUUGGGAGUGAUGCUAACUAAGACAUCGCAUUUCGCUAUCAGUCACGGAUCAUCUGCUUACACACCAUCGUGCUUCGCCGCGUCGUCUCGGAUGAUAGAAACCUAAACCACCAGUACCUCAGGAUUAAAUUCUCACUAAUGCAUGGCUGCCACCUUACGAUUUAGUCCAUUGUUUGGUUCGAAAAGGAUAGCCAGCCCUGUCAAGAAGAGAAAGGAAAACAGACUCAGGUCCAGCAAACAGUUCCAAGGCGAGGCGCCCAAAAAAAGGCAGUUCCAAGGCUAACAACGGAACUAGAUAGUCAAGAUGAAGUAAUGAUGGAAAAGGAAAAAGUAAUUUAGCAGUUCCCAACUGGUCAUGGUCCAUGGCUGCAUGCUUGGCCUCAGAUGUACUACAAGAUUUUGAGACCUAUCUACUCGGACCGUGAUGACUAAAUUCUACAAGAUCUGUACAGGGAUCUGCGGAAAUUCGCGGGUUCCAAACCACAAUGACCAGAGUCAGUCACUCAAGUUCAUUCUCGAGUUGCUCGCUGUGCCUUCGAUGAGUCCUUGUUCAACUUUCCAUGAACAAGUUGCAGAGACAACAAUCUAUCAAUAUAUCUACCUAUCUCAUAUGGAGACAGUUUUACAUUGCUGCUUUCUUGUAAUAAAAAGGCAAAAAAAAAAAAUUAGCAAGAAAAGGAGCCAUAGGAAGUCGAAGCUCGAAGCUUCUUCGCCACAAGGGAAGAGGGGAAUAUACCAUGGCCACUCUGUGCAUCAUCUGAAGUACAUUCAUGAAUGAUGCAUAACUGUAUAUGUGCUUUUGACUCUGCUUUGUUCCAGGACCUGUAUCCAGGGAAAUGUCACAAAAAUAUGAUCUGUAAGGAACUAACAGGAAAUGUAAGAAAAACCACAACCAUGAAACAGUUUUCAAACUUUGAUAUAACGAAUAUUUUGUUCACUAGCUACAAAGAGCACGGGUACUGUAAACGCAACCACUUCGUAACACUUAACACUCACUUCGACAACUGAACUGUGAUAUUUCUAGCUUGAUAUAUGGACUGUACUUUCGCCGCAACUUCUUGUACUAACCGUGUCUUCACUUAAAAAAAAAGAGAGGCAGUUUCAAGACUCACAGGUGGUCCUGAUGCAUGGUCUGCCUCUGUCGUACAAGACUUGACCCCGAUGACCAAAGUCAAGUCACUCUCUCUGCCUUUGAGUCAACUUUCCAUGAAAAUAAGUCUUCAGUUGUUCAUUCCAGGCAUACGUGCGUGUUUGAGGGUUUUUGCCAGGGUCUUCAUUCACGGUGUAUGCAUCAAGCAAAGUAACAAGAAAUGAAAUAUAAUUACGACGCCCUAAGAAAAAGAAUCAAUCAAUAACAGCUAUUCAACAGGUAAACUCGAGCUGUCGAGUAGUGAAAGCAGGAACCCCCAUGCAUCGUCUUGCGUCAAUUUAGUUAUCUCAUAUGGAGGCAGCGACCAAUAAAUUAAAAUACCAACCAUGAUACUGUUUUCAAACUGAUAUAAUGAAUAUUUUCUCCGCUAGCUACAAAGAGCACAAGUAUUGACACACGAAUACAUCCAGUACUCUACUAACUACCAACAGCGAGCACAAAGGAAAACCAGAACAUUUUGUCAGUCUCAAGCAUGACUUGAGAAGAGAAUACCUACUGAACACUUCCCAUCAUGCAAUAAGCAACAAUGAAAUAAGAAGAAAUUUCAAAAUAUAGGCAAGAUACACACACCUCUUGUUUCAGUGGAGAGAUCGAACACACUUGUUGCAUUGAUCUGGGGGGGUACAUAUACAGGUGGAACAGAGGACGUCUAGGCCACGAUGGUGAUCGUGGGAGGCCAUGUUCGAGAGGUGGAGGGACGUGUGUGCUCAGGGGAAAACUGCACACACGUACGCUAUACUAGCCUAUACAGCAGACUACGUACAAAGCUCACACACACACAUACAUGUAGGUUAUCACCUCUGACCGACCAUUUGACUCUGAUUUCCAGAAUCUAACUUGGAUUCUGCAUUAAAGCAUGGAAAACAAACCAUGCUGCCUGGUUACUGGUACCAAUCUGCAUUCUUUAUCUUUAUCAAAAGAAAUCCAGCCCAUGUGAACUCGUAUAUCCGUAUCACACUCAAGUAUAGCAAGACCUCAGCGUCAAGCAGGGAAAUUCCCAGUAAGCCUCAGCGGGCCCAAAACUGGGUUGGUACCGCAAGGCGGCAGGAGCCAGGCUAUAUCAAUGGCAGCCUGCCACUACUUAUGACACCCCGUGCCACCACCUAUAUGGCCACUGUUAGAUGAUAAAUAGUACCAGCAGUGCGUGCAUUCUGCCAGCAACAGCAAAACAAGGGGAAAAAACACCAACCAAUGCGUUUCUUCACCGUUCCUCCAGUCGUGCUGCAGCUGUUCGUGCUGCUCAUCUUGGCCUCUCCUGCCACCGCAUGCACCGAGCAGGAGAAGCGCAACCUCCUCGGUUUCCUUGCCGGGCUGUCGCAAGAUGGCGGCCUCGCCACGUCGUGGUGUGACAAUGGCACGGACUGCUGCGAGUGGGAAGGCAUCACCUGCAACGGAGACGGGGCCGUUACUGAGGUUUCCCUGGCAUCUAGAGGACUUGAAGGGCGCAUCUUGCCAUCCCUUGCCGACCUCGCCAGCUUGCAGCGUGUCAACCUCUCGUACAACUCCUUCUCUGGUGGCCUUCCUCUGGAGCUCAUGUCCUCUGGAAGCAUCAUCGUCCUCGACGUCAGCUUCAGCCAGCUCAACGGACCGCUGCCCGAGCUGCCAUCUUUGGUUACCGCCGACAGGCCUCUGCAGGUACUCAACAUCUCAAGCAACCAAUUCAGCUCAGAAUUUCCAUCAGCCAUAUGGAAGAUGACGAAGAAUCUGAUCGCGCUCAACGCCAGCAAUAACAGCUUCACUGGGCACAUACCGUCUUCUCUUUGCCUUGGGUCGCCAUCUUUGGCUUUGCUUGAUCUCUGUUACAACCGAUUGAGUGGUGAUAUUCCCACCACACUCGGUGAUUGCUCCAAGCUCAAAGUUCUCAAGGUUGGCCAUAACAACCUAAGUGGAACUCUCCCUGUUGAAACCUUCCGUGCUACCUCGCUAGAGUACCUCUCCUUACCCAACAAUGGUUUACAAGGAGAACUUGAUGGAGCACACAUGAUCAAACUCAGUAAUCUGCUUACUCUUGACCUUGGAGGGAACCAUUUCGGUGGCAACAUCCCAGAGUCCAUAGGUCAGCUCAGGAGUCUGGAGGAGCUCCAUUUGGGUAGCAAUAACAUGUCUGGGGAGCUGCCAUCAACUAUGGGGAACUGCACAAAUCUCAAAACCAUUGAUCUGAAGUUCAACAACUUCAGUGGAGACCUAGGCAAGGUAAAGUUCGCCACCCUACAGAAUCUAAAAAGUUUAGAUCUCAUGAGUAAUAAUCUCAGUGGCAUGCUUCCAGAAAGUAUUUAUUCAUGCAGAAAUUUGACUGCACUGCGGCUGUCGUACAACAAUUUCCAUGGUGAGAUAUCCCUGAGAAUAGGUAAUCUGAAGCACUUGUCCUUCCUAUCACUUGUUAGAAAUUCCUUUACGAACAUCACAAAAACUUUGCAUGGGCUUAAGAGCUGUAAGAACAUCAGCGUCCUGCUUAUUGGAAAAACCUUCAUGAAUGAGGUCAUGCCACAAGAUGAAACCAUUCACGGUUUCCAGAAUCUUCAACAUCUCGCCAUACACCAGUGUUCGUUGACUGGAAGGAUACCUAUUUGGUUAUCAAAGCUCACAAAUCUGAAGAUGCUAGACUUAUACAGCAAUCAACUCACAGGACCAAUGCCAAGCUGGAUCAACUCCCUAAACCACCUCUUUCGGCUGGAUGUAUCUAACAACAGUCUUACUGGGGAAAUCCCAAUCACCUUGAUGCAGAUGCCAAUGUUUAAAUCAGAUAAGGCAGCCAUCUAUUCGGACCCAAGCCUCCUUGACCUUGAUCUAAUUAUUUAUGUUGCGGAAUCAUCAACAGUUCAAUACCGGAUUGACAGUGCUUGGGCCAAAGUGCUGAAUCUCGGCAAGAAUAAAUUCACAGGUGUGAUUCCACAAGAGAUUGGUCAGCUGAAAGCACUCCUUUUCCUGGACUUGAGUUCCAACAACUUUUAUGGAGUGAUCCCACAAUCAAUCUGCGACCUCACGAACCUCCAGCAACUAGAUCUGUCUAAUAACCAUCUGACGGGUGAAAUUCCUGCAGCAUUGGAGAUCCUUCGCUUCCUUUCACAAUUCAACAUUUCCUACAACGACCUAGAAGGACCUAUUCCAACAACAGGCCAGCUGAGCACGUUUCAGACUUCUAGUUUUGACAGGAACCCAAAGCUGUGUGGCUCUCUGCUUAUUAGAGAUUGCAGUUCAGUCGAAGAAGCUCCCGUGCACAUCAUCUCUGCAAAAGAAUGCAGCACUAAGGUCAUCUUUGCCAUUGCCUUUGGUUUGUUCUUUGGGGUAGGAGUGCUAUAUGACCAGUUAGUAUUAUUCAGAUAUUUUGGCUAAGCGUCUAGUAUCCUGAUAUUUUGUUCACAUCUUUGUAUACACGUGCAACGGGUCUUAAUAAUGUAUUAGUUGAAUCUUUAGAAGUUGAAUAUUUUUGCCAAACCAAUCUGUGUGCCCAUGUUAUUUGUAGAAUGCAUGUUUCUGAAAGAGUGCACAUGCAAAGUAGUAUGGUCAGUAUGUACCUGGACGUACCAUGUUUCUGGAUGCUGUUGCUUUCUGCAAAUAAGUGCUUUUCCUUUUUUAACCAUAGCUCUCUCUCCUUUUUCUUUUCUCUAUAUCUGAUCAAUAUGGGACAUGGCUCACCGACUUCUCAUAUAGAAUCAAAAAACGGAUGAAAGAUUCCCAGAAGACGCCAUUGCCUUCACAUCGACUAGUAUGUGUGUACCGCAAAGCACGUUUGGCUACCGUAAUUGAUAUAUGAGAAUAAAAUUCUGUUGAUACAUACUCUGACCCUCAAUAUCAUUUUUCACAUGUUAACCUCGAUAUCAUUUGAUAUAAAAGAGAACUGUAAAAGCAUGUGAUUUUGCACUCUGCUUAACAUGUCAACCUAUUUAGUCAAACAUAUUACAAUCACAACAAAAAACUAAGACCAAAUAUAUUAGCAUCGUAGACUCAGGCCUUAAUUACCAUGUUUUCGUGAUCAUGACCUGAGGAUUUUGACUUCACCGCAGUAUUGCCACUAUGAGGCACUGCCCGGUGCAUAGAUGCCUCGGUUGUCAUGCAUCUGCCGCCCAUGCCAACCAUCAGAGAGAGAAGAGAAGUCCCAAGGGAAGCAAAGUUGUGCCUCUUCAACCAUCUGAGACAACCAAAAGGGCACAUCCAACGCCAUCCACAGAUCAAGCAUGCACAUGCAGCUCAAUGUCGCAACAUCGCCCGCCGCAGGAUGAAAACACUCACUACUAUUCUUCAGGGAGCCACUACAUGCCAUUGCUCACGGUGUGUGGGCCCCAGCUACACCAGGACCCCCACGAUACGCCCCGAGCAGGACAGGUGAGGCUUGCCACGCGUGAGAUGGUGAGGCGGUGAACCCAUUUCAUGGCUCUCCCAUAGGCCCAGCUGCCUGGGCCCACUCCGCCUAGCGACUUAAUGCGCCCAACAGUCGGACAGAGGCGCCCUAUGCCGGAUCUGGACGGGUGAGGCCCUCCCCGCACUGGAUCAGGACAAGCUUGGCCCGGCACACCGGGCCAGCAAACAAGCUCCGCGCCCAUGGUAAAGGAGAGUCUCUAAUCAAUGCUUGUGGUGCCAACAAGGCAACUGGCACUCGUGCGAGCAAUUGCAUGGGCAUGUGAGCCCAACAACCCGGCGCUCAUGCGAGCAUGUGAGCCAGUGAUGGUGUGACUCCGCCUAGAGACUAAUGUGCCCAACAGUCGGACAGAGGAGCCCUAUGCCGGAUCUGGACGGGCGAGGCCCUUCCCGCACUGGAUCAGACAAGCUUGGCCCGGCGCACCGGGCUAGCAACAAGCUCCGCCCGCGGUGAAGGAGAGUCUCUAAUCAGCGCUUGUGGUGCCAACAAGGCAACCGGCACUCGUGCAAGCAAUUGCAUGGGCAUGUGAGCCCAACAGCGCGGCGCUCGUGCGACCAUGUGAGCCAGUCAGUGAUGGUGUGACUGGUAAAUGUUGACCGCUGACUAGUUGACCCGCUGACCAAUGGACCAGUUCGACCGUUGACCUGAUUGACCAUUGACUUUAAAAAUAUGCCUCGAAAAGAACGUAAAUUUAAAAAGAAAUCCAUAAAUUUUUUAAAACUUGAAUUUGAAAAAAGUUCAUAAAAUUGGAAAAAGUUUGUGAUUUUUUUUAAAAAAUCACCUAAUUUGAAGAAAGAUCCCGAGUUCGAAAAAAGUUCAUAAAUUUUUAAAAAGGUUUGCAGAUUUGAAAAAAGUUUGUAAAUUUGACAAAAAGGUUCACAAAUUUGAAAAAAAGUUUGUGAAUUUGAAAAGGUUCCAUAAAUUUGAAAAUUGUUUGUGAGAUUUUGCAAGAAAGCUCAAAAAAUUGGGAAAAAAAAGUUCACGAAAUUUUAAAAUAAAAAAGAAAACAAAAAAACCUCGAAAACUAGACAAAAGACGAGAAAAAACCCACUGAAAACCCAGCCCAGUAAACCCGAAACCGGUGUUGGGGCGGGGGGUGGGCCAGCAGCCCAAUUAAGCUAGUGGAGGAGAGGGGGUGGGGGGUGCCCUCUAGGGUUUAAUUCAGAAUAGGAUUUGCGAGGGGAAGCGCCGUCGGGCAAAGGGAGUCGGGAGAGCGGCGACCACCACUGCCAGCGGCAAGGAAUGCACCAACCACAAGAAGCAGCACAGGAAACACAGUCCACAUUCAGCGCGCCACUGCCGCCGGUUCCAAGGGCAAGGAGGGUGUUUCUUUAGGUUUAGGGUUUGGGACGCCCUAGGUGUUAUGGGUUCGGUGGAGAAACUUGGAGGUUGUUGAAGCAGUUUUGAUGGGGAAAUGGGGCUUUGGCCACGGUGGCACAACAUAUUGGAACAAGUGAUCCUUCAGCCAAUGAAUCAGCAAUUUGGCCGUGAGUAUGUGGAUUAAAUUCUCACUAAUGCAUGCCUGCCACCUUACGAUUCAGUCCAUUGUUUGGCUCGAAAAGGAUAGCCAGCCCUGUCAAGAAGAGAGCAGAAAACAGACUCAGGUCCAGCAAACAGGUCCAAGGCGAAGCGCCCAAAAAAAGGCAGUUCCAAGGCAAAGUGCCAGGGUCUCAGACUUUCGAGUUCCAAGGCUCACAACGGAACUAGAUAGUCAAGAUGAAGUAAUGAUGGAAAUGGAAAGAAUUAUUUAGCAGUUCCCAACUGGUCCUGGUGCAUGGCUGCAUGCCUGUCCUCAGACGUAGAAGACUUGAGACCUAUUCUACUUGGACCGCGAUGACUAAAUUCUACAAAAUCUGUACAAGGAUCUGUGGAAAUUCAUGGAUUCCAAACCACGAUGACCGAAGUCCGUCACCCAAGUUCAUACUUGGUGUAUGGUUGCUGCCAAGAUAAAGUCGAGUUGCUCGCUCUGCCUUUGAUGAGUACUUGUUCAAGUUUGCAUGAACAAGUUGCAGAGACAACAAUCAAUCAAUAUAUCUACCUAUCUCAUAUGGAGACAGUUUUGCACUGCUGCUUUUCUGUAAUGAAAAAAGCCAAAAAAAAAAGGAGCCAUAGGAAGUUGAAGCUUGCAGCUUCUUUAUCAUAUUUCCGCCAAAAAAAAAAAAUCUUUACCACAAGAGAAGAGGGGAAUACACCAUG